UUUAGUCUCUGGUUAUUCGAAAACUUUUAUGGAUAUUCUUAUGUUAUUUUUCACGUGGUGUUUGUGUGUUGAGGUUUGGUAUUAAAUUCACAUGAAAAACAUGGAAACAAGCACUUCAACGAUGGUAGUUGAAGAUCCAGACAAAUUUUCGUCGCCUUUGAAAAGAAAUAAAAGAAGUGCUCCAAAUGAUGGUACCAAAGUUGUCCGAGGCAUUGAAGGCAAAUCCAUACCUCAAGCAUCAAGGCCUAAGAAAUUUAAACAAGUUUCUGGCGAUAAAUUCGAAGUGAGGAAAGUGCCUGUGCCAGCGCAUCGUCUCACACCUCUGAAAGAAAACUGGAUGAAGAUUUUUACACCCAUCGUAGAACAUCUUCACUUGCAAAUACGUUUUAACCUCACAUCAAGGAACGUGGAGUUACGAACAUGUGCUGAAACAGAAGAUAUUUCAAGUCUACAAAAAGCAGCAGACUUUGUUAGGGCAUUUGUGUAUGGUUUCGAUGUUGAAGAUGCGUUAGCUUUGUUGCGUUUGGAUGACUUGUUCGUAGACACAUUUGAAAUCAAAGAUGUCAAGACUUUGAAGGGUGACCACCUUUCUCGUGCAAUUGGCCGACUCGCUGGAAAAGGUGGGAGAACCAAGUUUACAAUCGAGAAUGUCACCAAGACGCGCAUUGUACUCGCAGACUCCAAGAUACACAUUCUGGGUUCUUUCCAAAACAUACAGGUUGCAAAAAGGGCUAUCUGCAGCUUAAUCCUGGGCAGCCCUCCAUCAAAAGUAUACGGACAGUUACAAAACAUCGCAAGUAAAAUUUCUGAACGGUUAUAGCUACUAAAAUGUAAAUCAAGUUUAUCAUGAUGUACUGAUUAUUGUGAGUUGUAUUCAUUUAAAGUGUUUUCGUUCUUAAAAAAAAGAGUAACCCCCUGAUUAAAAUACUUCUUAGCCUGGAGUUGAA